CAAUAUAAAUCCUCCAUCUUUCUGCCUCAGACCUUUGCCACAACAAACAGCAACAGCUACCUCCUCCAUUCUUCAUUUCCAUUACCAAAAAGAAAACACCAAACUCUCUAUAACCAUAACCAUGUCAAUGGCAACAACAUCCCCUCACACCGGCCUCUUCCAAAACCGCACCAAACCUUCUUUUCCUUUCUCUUCUUCCUCCUUCAAGUUCAAACCCACAUCCAUCAAAUGCGCCACCCAACUCCACACCCAAGCUCCGCCCCUCACCCACUCCCAAGAUCGCGUCUUCAACUUCGCCGCCGGCCCCGCCACCCUCCCGGAAAACGUCCUCCUCCGCGCCCAAUCCGAGCUCUACAACUGGCACGGAUCUGGCAUGAGCGUCAUGGAGAUGAGCCACCGCGGCAAAGAGUUUCUCUCCAUAAUCCAAAAGGCCGAAUCGGAUCUCCGCGCCCUCCUCCAGAUCCCUCCGGAAUACUCCGUCCUCUUCCUCCAGGGCGGCGCCACCUCCCAGUUUGCCGCCGUCCCCCUCAACCUCUGCUCCUCCCCCGACUCCGCCGUCGACUACGUCGUCACCGGCUCCUGGAGCGACAAGGCCGCCAAGGAGGCGCAGAAGUACUGCAAGCCCACCGUGAUCUGGUCUGGGAAACCCGAAAAGUACACAAAGAUCCCAUCUUUUCACGAUUUGGAGCAGAACAACAAUUCUGGGUAUCUUCAUAUCUGUGCCAAUGAGACCAUCCAUGGGGUGGAGUUCAAGGACUACCCUGUUCCCAAGAGUGGUGUUUUGGUUGCUGAUAUGUCCUCAAAUUUCUGCUCCAAGCCUGUGGAUGUGUCAAGGUUUGGGGUUAUCUAUGCUGGGGCCCAGAAGAAUGUGGGGCCCUCUGGUGUCACCAUUGUGAUCAUCAGAAAGGACCUCAUUGGGAAUGCACAGGGUGUCACACCUGUGAUGUUUGAUUACAAGAUCCAUGAUGAGAACGAUUCACUCUACAACACCCCUCCUUGCUAUGGGAUUUACAUGUGUGGGUUGGUGUUUGAGGACUUGUUGGAGCAAGGUGGGUUGGGGGAGGUUGAGAGGAGGAACAAGAAGAAAGCUGAGAUUCUCUACAGUGCAAUUGAUGGGAGCAAAGGGUUUUAUAAGUGCCCUGUUGAGAAGUCUGUGAGGUCUUUGAUGAAUGUGCCUUUCACUUUGGAGAAAUCAGAGCUGGAGGGUGAGUUUAUCAAGGAGGCUGCUAAGGAGAAGAUGGUGCAGCUCAAGGGACAUAGGUCAGUGGGAGGUAUGAGGGCUUCUAUUUACAAUGCCAUGCCUUUGGCUGGGGUUGAGAAGUUGGUGGCUUUCAUGAAGGAUUUUCAGGCCAGGCAUGCUUAAGAGCCUAAUGGAGUAACCUCAAUCUGAAUCAAAUACUUGCAUUGUAUAAACCUAUUGCUAUUGCAUCCAAGUUGGGGGCGUGUUCGUCUAGUCACAGUAUUAGGCAGAGCAGACACUGCUUAGGUGCAUUAGCUUUUUAUGUUGAAAGUAUUUGUCUGGUAUGCAGAAAGGGUCACAAUCUCUUUCAGUUUUUUGCUUUCUUUAGUUAGGUAUCUUAGCUGUCUUUUUUUUUUAAACUUUCUUUUGCCAUAUUUCAUAUUCAAAUUUGGGUCGGCAGGUAGUGUUUUCAUUGGGCUUUACCGUUGUCGAUCACAAGUGAAGUAGUUUAGUUUUUGAUUUAUUGAAAUACCCUCUCCUAUUACUACUACAAGUUUGUAUGGAUUUUGAGUCCCAUGUGAUAUUUUACUGGAUGUACCAGGUAGUACAUUCUCAAUAAAUUGAAUGAGGAUGAAAAUUGAACUACU